CGCAAGCUGUGUCGCCGCGUGACGCAAACAUUGCGCGACUUUACUGGACGUCCACGUUAGUCACGUGACGCUGCUGUUUGGAAGAGAAGCAACAUGGCGUCAGAGUCCGGAGAGUCUCCCGCCGGGCAUGAUGCCGAACUGGACGAGUUGUUGAACGAUGCACUGGAUGACUUUGACAAACAGCCCAUACCUCCGGUCCCUGACCAGGCUGCGGCCCCGUCCUCCACCAGCAAGGGACCAGAGAAGCCGCCGCCGCUGCUGGAGGACUGUAAGCUGUUUGAGACCCUGUUUGAGGGCGAGAUGGCCGCCCAGGCCAGAGAGGAGUGGGAGAAAGCCAUGAACGAGCUCGCCCAGGAGGAACCAGACCUGCUGCAGCAUUUUAAUAAACUGUCCGAAGCGGCGGGGAAAGUUGGCACAGACACUGCCUCUCAACAAGAAUUCACCUCUUGUCUCAAAGACACGCUUAAAGGACUGGCCAAGAAUGCUGACAACCUGCAGUCCUCAGGUCUGGCCGGGGAUGAUCUUGUUAAAGCUCUGGAAGGUUUAGGACUGGAAGGUGAUGGAGAAGGCGAAGGUGACGAAGCAAACAUCCUUCCCAUCAUGCAGUCCAUCAUGCAGAACAUCCUCUCAAAGGACGUGCUCUACCCAUCCCUCAAAGAGAUUACUACCAAGUACCCUGAGUGGCUGGAGGCCAACAAGUCCAGCCUCAGCCCAGAGGACUACCAACGCUACGAGCAGCAGGCCAAAGUCAUGGGGGAAAUCUGUGAGCAUUUUGAGAAGGAAGAAGGAGAAGAAGACAAGGACAUUAUGUUUGAGCAAACCAUGGACCUGAUGCAAAAGUUACAAGAACUUGGCCAGCCACCUAAGGAGCUUGCAGGAUCUGCACCUCCAGGCUUCAACUUUGAUAUGGACUCCCUGAAUCUUCCGGGUGGUGCUGAGGGGGGGGCGGCAGAUCAGUGUUCCAUCAUGUGACGGGCCUGCCUUUCGGAGCGUCACGGUCCACCGAGCCUUCACCUGUUCGUGUCAGCAAUGAGGAGGCGGCGAUGUGAACGAACCCCCAGACUGUCAGGAGACUUUGUGGUGGCAGGAAACCACCAACCAGCAGGGAACACACACUUAUUGCCAACUUUUAACUCAGUAGUCUCUGGUCUGAUUUUUAACCAGUCCCUGUCAAUGCGCCCGACCACUGCCGUCGAUUUUAUAAACCUAAAGGAAACUUGUAACUGCUGCUGCUGCUGCACCGUGUGAGCUGGCCCGACCGGGUCGCGGUGAUGUGCAGGUUUAGGGCAUCUAUAGUUUCUGUUCAUUUCAUUAACUAUUAACGUAUUUAAUUGAAUUAAUUAAUUAAUGGUUGAAUAUUUGUCAUCCUUUUUAAUAUUUUCCAGCCAAACCUACAAUGAUCCUCCUGUUGUGACUGAGAGGAUGAUUUCCUGAUGCCUUCUGCUCCAGUGAAUUUAGUGUGAACUCCCUGUGCAGAGUGCUUCCCAUAGAUCUGGGUUGUUUUAAAGUGCUGAAGCGUUGAGUGGCGUGUAAUGGAUUGUUUACAUCACAGCAUGUGUCUUCAGUUAUCAGUUUAAAAUCACAUUAAGUGUCAUUCCAAUAGAUUCUAUUGCACAGAGGGUGGAGCCUGGAAAGUGCACUCGAUCGCCUGAGAGGAUGGAUUGUUUGCAUUAUUCCUCAGCUGAUGAUGCAGCAGAGAUGAGUCGAGAAAUUGCUGUGUGUAUGGGGUGACAAAAGAACUGGCUGGAGAUCAGAUUCACUUCCGUCAUGACGCCUUCAUCAAUCAACUGUCAGUGGCACAAAGAAGUUCAGCAUCCAGUGCAGAAUUUUCUUUGUACUUGUAAAUAAAAAACAAGUUAAGGAAAUUGUACUCAUUUGUUGUGCUUAUGUUCCCAUGUG